AGCUUAUUUAUUUAUCACACACAGUACUUGGUUUGAACAACGGUCGAGGGCACAACAGAAGUUAGAAACUUAGAACCAGUUGAACGGCGAAAGGCGAUCGAAGGGAAGAGUAGAGGAGAACCAGAUGGCGUCGUUCCGAUCACUGAGAUCCGAAAUCUUCGACCGAGAAGAGCGAAAACAGCAGUACCAGGCUCACAUUCGCGGCCUCAACGCGUACGACCGCCACAAGAAGUUUCUCCAUGAUUACGUUGGAUUUUACGGGAAAGAAAAAGCCACACAUGUAAAGUUGCCUGUUAAAACUGAUCAAGACACCCUAAGAGAGGGAUAUCGGUUUAUACGUACUGAGGAAGAUGAUAUGGAUCCUUCUUGGGAGCAAAGGCUGGUGAAGCGUUAUUAUGAAAAGCUUUUUAAAGAAUAUUGCAUAGCUGACAUGUCACACUACAAAAGUGGCAAGAUUGGUCUGAGGUGGAGGACAGAAAAGGAAGUCAUGUCUGGGAAAGGGCAGUUUAUAUGUGGUAACAAACAUUGUGACGAGAAAGAUGGCUUGGCAAGUUAUGAGGUGAACUUUUCUUACUCUGAAGCUGGAGAAAACAAACAGGCCCUUGUAAAAUUGAUGACUUGUGAGAGAUGCACGGAGAAGCUUCAUUAUAAAAGGCGGAAAGAGAAGGAGCAAUCAGAGAAAAGAGAGCAAGAAAAAAAUAAACGGAAGAGGAACCGGUCGAGAAGUGAUGAUGAAACGGAUGUCGAGUAUGAAGGGAUCAAGGAGAGGAGAAAAGGGAAAAAGGCUUCAACUUCAACUGAUGAUCGUAAAAUUGAUGACGAUGAUAACUUUGAUGAGUUUCUUGAGGGGAUGUUUCCGUGAGGGACUAACAGCUGAAUGACUGCUGCCAUAUUCAAAGUUCAGUAGGGAAGGGAAGGCUAAAAGUAGACUCCAUUUUCUUAAUCCGGCUUUGCCCUCUUGUCCCUUCCCUCAGGGAAAUGCAUUCCAACUUAUUUUUGUCGCAUUUGGAGCAGUACCGGCGAUUGUGACAGAGCGAGGGAAAAAUGAUGUCAGAAUGAUUUGUCUUUUGUUAGUGUACAUGAUAACAACAAACAAACAGCAGCGACAACAGUGGCAAGAGAGAAGCUUUGCUAGGCAGAAACGCUUUGAUACGUUACUUAAGAUUGUGACAAUUGGUGGCGUGGGAAUGGUAAGCAUGAAGUAGCAAUGUUUCCACUUGUGGUUUGUAUUGUAUUUUAAGAUGACAUGUCAGUCUGAUUGAGUUUGAAGUUGGUGUAUUAUGAAAGGAAAAAUCUAGUUGUAAGCACGAGUGUGUAUUUAAUAUAUGUACUAAUUUAAUGUGAUUAGUAAAAAAUAAAUUUUAUGAAAAAAAGUGUGUACGUG